CUUUUGUGUUGGUGCGAAGAUCGUCGUUGACCGCAUCCCGAAACGCGCCCCGGUAUUUUUAGAUACAUCUCGCAUUCAAGUGUUCAUGUUGAUAAUGGCUCGGUAUCAGUUGCUGUGUUACUUCGUCGUCGCUGUCAUGGGAUUCCAGAUCACUUCCAGCCAGCAUCAGUUAUCUCAAGAGACAACAGUAUCGAGCUUAAUAAAAGAAGUUGAAGAUAACAGCCGAUACAAAACACUGGAAGCCAAUGCCACACUUUUAAAACUACUAGUCGAUGAUAAAGAUGGCGUAAGCAGUUCCGAGGUAUUCGACAUGCUUCAUUCCCGUGAUGACAACCAGGAGCACAUAGACCUACCGACGUUCCCUGAGGACAUGGAGGAAGUCCGCGUCGACGUCACGGGCAUACCUGACGCCGAGGCUGAGUUUUUACAAGUUCCGGACGAAACAGUUCGUAGGGACUCACAAAGAUUACGGUACGCAGGUCCGCGGGGCGAGCCCAUAGGCGCAGCUGCGGGCAUAAUGGUGGUGGUCACCUGCUCCAUCGUCUGUCUCGCCUACACGUCACUUGUCGUCUGGAGGAGAAUAUAUAUGAAAAGAAACGGUCUUAAACACGAACUUCUGAGAAAUGAAGAGGCUAUAGCGGAAACGAGAAUUGAACUUUGAAAUAAAGAAGAUAAAAUAAUAAAAGUCUUCAAAGGAGCUUUGUAUCCAGCAUAAUAAAAAAUUAGGACGAUUUUAUACCACAUCUAUGAGUAUAAAAGAUUUUUCUGUUAAUUUUCAAGUGAUAAGACUGAAUUUCGAUUA